CUGCCGGCCCCGUCCUCCGGGCAGAAGAACGAUAUCACGGCGUGGCAGGAGUGUGUGAACAACUCGAUGGCGCAGCUGGAGCACCAGGCGGUCCGCAUCGAGAACCUGGAGUUGAUGUCGCAGCAUGGCUGUAACGCUUGGAAGGUCUACAACGAACACCUGGUUCAUAUGAUAGAACAAGCCCAGAAAGAGCUUCAGAAGUUCAGGAAAAACAUUCAGGAUCUGAACUGGCAACGAAAGAACAUGCAGCUGACAGCUGGGGCUAAGCUACGAGAAAUGGAAUCUACAUGGGUCUCUCUUGUCAGUAAAAAUUAUGAGAUUGAACGAACUAUUGUGCAGCUAGAAAAUGAAAUUUCGCAAAUCAAACAGCAGCAUGGGGAAGCAAACAAGGAGAAUAUCCAGCAAGACUUCCAGUGA